AUGUCUAUGGACCCUCAAGCAGUGCUGCUUUCGGUAUUGGACAUCAGCGCGGAUGCAUAUCUCAUGGGGAGUGGAGAUGAUGACUGGACCGAAGACCCAGCAGAGGCGGGAGAGGAGGAGAAUUCAAAGCUGCCUCGAGUCUUGCGGCCCGCGGACCCCGCUCUCCAUAAAUGGAUGCUUCACCACCGUGACGAGUAUCUGAGGAUUCUACUCUGGCACCAUGGGAGGGGCAAUUCCAACGAGAAAUGCCUUAAGGAAUGUGGUGUCAACGUUGUUGCGUCGACGUCCACAUCCACAAUCCUCUUCACGCGAUAG